AUGCGCCUCAGGGCUUCGCCCGCCCGUGCGGUCGUCUCCACGAAGGCGGCAGCUGAGCCGGGUGGAUCACGAGGCUGGUGGGCCCGCCGGCUCCGGCCGCGGAAAGGUAGGCCUCCCCCGUCUGCCGCAGUCAGCCGGCCCGGGACCCGGGUCUCCGUGGCAACCAAGGGCGCGGCGCGGGGAGGAACGCUGCCCGAGGGCAGUUCCCGCGGGAUUUGGCGGCGCUUCCUUUCUUUCCGGAGUUGCUCCUGCUCGCUCACCCCGGACACCUGUGCCUCCCUUCCUCAGGUGGGAGGGCCCUGCAUGAUUGGGCUGCUUGGAGAUCCUCGACUUCCCCAGAAUCAAUCACAAGGGACCCUUCCUCUCCAACUUGUCCCCUGUGAUCUCCUUGAAAGCAAGAAUUUUGUGUUGCUGACAGCACCCAGUUUAGCGGGUUAG